AUGGCCUCGGAGCGGGACGUGCGCGCCCGGCUGCGGCGCGCCGGCCAGGAGCACCUCCUGCACUUCUGCGCCCGGCUGGCGCCCGGCCCGCGCGCCGCGCUCUUGGCCCAGCUGCAGGCCCUGGAGCCGGAGGCGCUGCGCGAGCACUGCCGGCGCGCGGCCGCCGCCCGGGCGCGUCCCCCGGGCCCGCCGCCCGGCCUGGCCGCGCGCCUGCGGCCCCUGGCCCCCGAGCGCGUGGGCAGCGCGAGCGGGGGCGACCCGCAGACGCGGCGGCUCUGGGAGGAGGCAGGUUUCCAGCAGAUCGCCCUGAACAAGGUGGCUGUGCUGCUGCUGGCUGGGGGGCAGGGCACCCGCCUGGGAGUGACCUACCCCAAGGGCAUGUAUCAGGUGGGCCUGCCCAGCCAGAAGACCCUGUACCAGCUGCAGGCAGAACGGAUUCGGCGGGUGGAGCAGCUGGCUGGCGAGCGCCAUGGGACCCGCUGCACCGUGCCCUGGUACAUCAUGACCAGUGAGUUCACGCUGGGGCCCACGGCCAAGUUCUUCAAGGAGCAUGAGUUCUUCCACUUAGACCCCAACAACGUGGUCAUGUUUGAACAGCGCAUGCUGCCUGCUGUCACCUUCGAUGGCAGGGCCAUCCUGGAGCAGAAAGACAAGGUUGCCAUGGCGCCAGAUGGCAACGGGGGCCUGUACUGCGCGCUGGCGGACAACCAGAUCUUAGAGGACAUGGAGCGGCGAGGAGUGGAGUUUGUGCACGUGUACUGUGUGGACAACAUCCUGGUGCGGCUGGCCGACCCAGCCUUCAUCGGCUUCUGCGUGCUGCGGGGCGCCGACUGUGGAGCCAAGGUGGUGGAAAAGGCGUACCCCGAGGAGCCGGUGGGCGUGGUGUGCCAGGUGGACGGCGUCCCCCAGGUGGUGGAGUACAGCGAGCUCAGCGCCGACACGGCGCGGCUGCGUGCGCCCGGCGGGGGCCUGCUCUACAACGCGGGCAACAUCUGCAACCACUUCUUCACCCGAGACUUCCUCCAGACGGUCACCAGGGAGUUGGAGCCGUUGCUGAAGCCACACGUGGCUGUGAAGAAGGUCCCCUACGUGGAUGAGGAGGGGAAUCCAGUGAAGCCUCUGGAGCCUAACGGGAUAAAGAUGGAGAAGUUCGUGUUUGACGUGCUCCCAUUUGCCAAGAACUUCGUGGCCUUCCAAGUGCUGCGGGAGGAGGAGUUCUCCCCUCUAAAGAACGCGGACUCGGCCGACAGGGACAACCCGUCCACCGCCCGGCGGGCCCUGCUCGCUCAGCAUUACCGGUGGGCUCGGCAGGCAGGAGCCCGCUUCCUGGACGCGCACGGGGCCCAGCUCCCCGAGCAGCCCAGCUUGCCCGGCAGUGGAGAGCCUCCAGCCGUCUGUGAGAUCUCGCCCUUGGUGUCCUACUCCGGAGAGGGACUGGAAGUGUACCUGCGAGGCCGGGAGUUUGGGUCCCCGCUCAUCCUGGACGAGGACACAGCCAGGGCACUGCAGGCCUGACUGCCUCCUAGACCUGCCAACCCCGGUGUCCCCGAAGCUGAGGACGCAGCCCCGGCUUGGGCUCCGGGGAGGAAAGCAGGCUGCUCUGUGUUUCUGGCUGCGGAACAAGGACCACAGAGGGAAGCACACUGGUUUACUCCACGAGGGUGGGAACUCUCCCACCACUCUCCCCUGGACCUAAGUGACCCCAGGCCUGCUGCAGGCCCACGCAGGCUCUCUGGCUUCGCUCCUGCUGUGGGGUCCAGGCUGCAGGCAGAGGGACUCAGGGCCUUGGACAGUGGGGAUCAGAGGAGGCUGGGGUGGGGCCCGGGGAAGUAUGGCCUCAUCGGCUGAGAGCCACGCCAGCCUGUCUGAGCUGAGACUCGACAGGACAGGACAGGACAGCGGCUCCUCGGCUCCAGGCAGACCCACGUGGUGAGAAGGAGCAGCGGCUGCACCACACGUUUCCGCAGAGAUGAGGAAACGGGAGGAGGGGGACGGUGUCCUUCCCCCGCAGGGAGAGGCUGCCCCUCCCUCCCUGGCAGCUGAACCUGGAGGGGGGGUUCACAGCCCAGCCCCCUUCCCAGCCCGGCAGAGGCCGACAGCAGGGCGGGAGCUGGCUCUCCGGGAAGCCUGGCCAGCACGCCUGGCACUGAGCUCUCUCGAGUUCUGUCCGAGGCCUCAGCCCCCAGGAAGCAGUGGACUCCCGUGCUGGUUGCUUCGUCUGGAGUUUAACCAGGAGGGGAGCGCCGUCCCCGCCCAGCCUGCCAAUCCAGCUUCUGGGAUCCCGGUGCUCACGCUGCAGCCCUGCUCUCUGGGGGGGGGGGGGGGCACAGGCCCCUUGCUGCACCCCCACAGCCUGGCUGAGUCAGAGAGAAACCGGCUGGCUCUGGUCUCUUGCCCCUGGCUUGGCUGCUCCGGGCCCCACUGCCCGCUUUCCCGUCUGGAGAGCAACACGGGGGCACCUGCGUCUUGCUGCUGAUGUGAAGAGCAUCGUAUAGUGUGGCCUGCUGCUCCGCGGAGGCCGCCUGCCCCCUGCCCGCUCCGCAGCCCGCGCGGCCGUGCUUCCCCCGGGAAGGGUGCUGUCCAGUGGUGGGUUCAGAGGCCAUGAUCCUGCCAGCGGCUCAGCGU